AUGGCAGAUAGACCCAACCGACCCCAGCCAUUUCGCUUUUGGCUUCCUUUCUGGGCCAAUUCGACCCUCCCUCCUCCUCGGCGGCAACCCUUAACACAAACUCCAACAUCUACUCCAUUGCCUCCAGAUCAACCUCAAUCCCCGUCUCAGACACAAUCAACUUCCCCACGAGCAUCAGCAAUUCAAGCUGCAAAACCUCAGCCUCCAUCACCACUGCCAUCGCUGGCACGAAAAUCAUCUCAAUCUCUACCAGGCGAUCGAAAAGAACUACAGCCAUCACCAUCUCGCUUGCAGGUUCAGUCCCCGACGGUGGCCAGGAAAGCAUCUCGCCCCUCACAGCCAUCUACAUUAGAUUCAACAGAACAACCUGCAAUUCAGAAUGCUUCUAGAUCACCAUCAAAAAAAGCUUCCCAGCCUCAAUCAGUAGCAAUUCAGGAGUCUCAGCUCCCGUCUCAAUCUCUGCCUCCUUCCUCACAACCUAAAUCACCAACUGGAAGUAUUUCACAUUCAAACCGAUCAAAUCUACUGUCCCAGGAAUCUCAGCCUGUAGCACAAACCAAAUCACCUACACAAUUGCAGCCAGAAUUACAGACACAAACUAUAUUUCAAACACAAGAAAUGAAUCCAAUCCAGCCAGCUUAUAUGCCCCAAGAUAACCAACCUACACAAGAUCCAGUGUCCAAACAAAAUUCUGUUAGUUCUCUGGAGAAGGAUUUUCCAGCAGAAAUUGAUGCCACCGCUAGUCCAUAUCCCUCAAUAUCUGAAAAGGAACCUAAGGAAACCAAAGAAGAAAAACCCAGAAAUUUUCCAGAAUCAAAAUUAGACGUGCUGCCUAGCAAACCCCUUAAGUCAGAAGAAAAUUCUGAAAUAGGUUCAAAAGAGCAGCCUAAAACAAAAGCAGAAGCUAACCAAGAGAUAAAUCCAACCGACAACCUAGAACCAGGUAGACAUGCCAAAGGACUGAAUGAAGAUAAGUCCAAAACAAAGUCAGAAAAACAGCCCCAGGAACCUCAAGCUGAAGCAAGCAAUGAACUGGAAAAAAGAAUGGAAGCCAAGCCAUCCAGCGUCGCAUCUGAUACCAAACCAACCAGAUCUUCCCUGAAGGCCGGUGAUAUCAUAGAAGAACUUGGAAACUCAAAAGCUGAGCGUUCUAAGAAGCAAGGGAAUGUGGCCGGAUAUGAGUCAACAAAAGAUGGUUCCAGCAUAAAAGCGCGUAAAAUUGGAAUCUCCACCAUGUCAUGUGCUUCAUUCUUCAGUGGUGAGCGAGCUCCCUUUGAGAGGGAGAUCAAGGAGGGGCUUUCUAGACUGGUCCAAAAUUCAAGCAUUGGGCAAUCAAAGAGGAUAGGAAAUGGACAAGCAGUGAGUAUGAUAACCUUAGCAGGUGAAAACAAUGGAGCAUCCAUGGUUAUAAGUUCAGACACCCAUGUUCACAGGAGAUUCAAGCAUGAUAAGGGCGAUGUUGAGGCAAGCAGUGAUAAUGUUGAUGGAAGGUGGAAUCCUCGAGGCAAUGAAAACUCAGCAAUUACAGCAAGCAUAAAUAGCAAUGUGCAAAGCAUCAACAACUCAACCGUGCAUGACAGUACCUGUGAUGUAAGAGACCCUGGCAUUCACCUGAACCUAUCAAGCAAGAAAAUGGAGGCUGCAAAUUUGAGGGGACAAACAGAGCCCCUUAGACCACAGAAGACUGCCCCCAGCAUAGCACAAGACCAGAAACCCUCCCAUGAGCCCAAAAUUAGAAGACGAUGCCUUCGAGCUCUCUUCAUGGAAUCUAGUGAGAGUGAUCCAGAGGAGGACCCUCAGAAGCCACGGCGGCAUGGAUGUCGCUUUAACUGCAAAGAGAAAAAGAAGGGGGAGGGUGAUCUUGAUGGCACCUCCACAACUAACAGUAAUGCAAGGACAAGGCAAGUUGGGGAAGGAACAAGAAGAGCAUGA